GGUAUAAGAAAGGGAAACCAAUUUUCUUUAAGUUAAAUUCUUUUAAAAAAAUUUGACAAGUGAUACAAAAGCUAUAUUUCCAUUUUCCAAAUUUAAACAAAUUUCCUUGAUAUAUUAAAUUAUUAAUUGCCGUUAAAAGAUAUUUCGUUACCCAAUAAAAAUCUUCAGUGUCUUCUCUAUCAGAAGCACAAGAAAUGGCAGAAUCAAUUAUUCUAUCUGUAACCGGCGCCGGUACCCAGUUUUCCGGCGAGCUUUGGCACGUGGGUCGUCUUGAAUCGAAUAUCUCUCGAAGACCCAGAAGACAUUUUGUCUGGUUAUCUCUUAAUAAUAAGCAGCAUUUACAACUGAAUAGAUACUUCUGGCCAAUUCCCAGAACCAGAGCGUUGAAUUUCAACCCAAGAGGCUCUCCUUUGCAUCUUGCUUAUGGAAAAGAAGCCGAAGAUAGCUUCCUCUCUAAUGCAAAUAAGGACACUGAUGAGAUGUUUGACGAUUUGUUUAAAAAGUAUGGAAAGGUGGUAUUCGGGAGAAAUGACCAGAAGCCUUCAGCUGCCGAGUUAGAUGAUGAUGCUGAAAGCUUGUCAUUUGCUGUGGAAAUAGCCAAGGCUGUGAGUGAGGUGAAGGCUGCAGAUAUAAAGGUCCUCUUUGUCAAGCCCCUUGUGUAUUGGACUCGGUUUUUCAUCAUUGCAACAGCAUUUUCUCGCCCCCAAAUUGAUGCAAUUGGAACCAAAGUAAGAGAUCUUGCUGAGACAAAGUAUGGAAAAGUUCCAUCUGGAGAUACAAAGCCAAACACAUGGACCCUUUUGGACUUUGGUGAUGUGGUUAUCCAUAUAUUUCUUCCCCAACAGAGAGCUUUUUACAACUUAGAAGAAUUUUAUGGUAAUGCAACUCAAAUUGAGCUGCCUUUUGAAAACCAACCGCCAUUUCGCAGUUGAAGAUAGCUAUAAAUCUAUAAUUUCCUGAGGAACCAAAAGCAAACUCACAGGACUUCUGAAUGGAGUGAGGUUCAUCUCUGUAACUCUUAGGAACUCUACAUAAUGUCAACAGCCUCAGUCUGAGUUCUGUAACUUCUGUUGUAGAAAAUGGCUUGUAGUUGUAAAGGAGACAGCUAGAAGCUGUCACAAUGCCAGGCAUGAUAAGUUUUCAUGCUUCCUCAUCGGAGGAUGGAUUCUUGAGAAUCAAACAUCUAAAAUUGCCCUUAUUUUAUGGUUC